AUGACAUCUCUCUCUUCAGCCUCCGACGACAACUCACAAUUCCGGGACAUAAAGCGAUAUAUCGCCCUAGGCUGCCUUCACGUGGAUUAUACGCUUCAUAGCAUUGUCGGUAGUGGGCCCCCUGAUGCAGAGUGGCUUGAGUUGCUGCAUGCGGACUUACCGGACGACUUGGAAUUGUUGAUCGGCACGGAGGCCUCUAGGCUGCUCGAAGCUCGUUGGAUACGCCUAUUUCUUCAUCGCUCAGGCAUCAAUCAUGAGAGCACGCAUAAUACCCUCCGCGUAUAUGUCCUUCCCGAAGACUGGGGUCGCCGUGUUAUCGACCGUACGAGUAAGAGUCUCAAAGCUGCGCUGCGGCAGCUCCUUCAUCAGGUCGACAUCUCCCCAGAAGCGUGGACUGGGGACUACUCAGAGGCAGAGAUUCGUCAUUUCGAUCCAUGGGCGAGCGCAGAGAAUCUUUCGCUGUUCUACUUAUUCAAUAAGUUACCGUCCCCUGCGCCAGCACCAGAGAAGAUAAAGAACCGAUACACGAGGAGAGCAGUCGAAGACGUUCUUGAUUCCUCUGUGCCGCUCCCGCCGGAUGAGUUCGAGGAGCAGCCGCUUGAGGGACUGAAGACCAGGCUUUAUCCUUAUCAAGCAAGGUCUGCGAGUCUAAUGAUGCAGCGGGAGGCGGCGCCUCAGCUACAACUUGAUCCACGCUUGGAAGUUCGGCAAUCGCCAGAUGGACAGAACUUCUUCUUUGGUGCGCGUGACGGGUCAUUUCUACAAGAGCCGCGCUUCUACGAAUCCAAUCGCGGCGGAAUCCUCGCGGAAACUAUGGGCCUGGGAAAAACAAUCAUUUGUUUGGCCGUGAUAUUGGCGACCAAGGGACAUCUGCCCCGGAUUCCGCCCGCGUACCAGCCUCCCCCGCCAGUCCGCAAGCGUGUCGGCUCGUUGAAGGACAUGGCGGCUGGCAUCAUCUGUCGGUAUGGCAUCCCUGGAAAAGCGGCCCUGGAACGGUUCGAAGCGAUUGAAGACCUUGAUCUGGGGAACCUCAAAGAUGCUCUUAAGCGGAACAUUGCCUACUACGAGAUCCCGCCUGACCUUCCUCGGAUGAACAGGAAUACGAUAAUCCCCCCACCGCGACAAAUGGUUAUGUGCUCUGGAACAAUCAUCGUUGUUCCGCGAAAUCUCCUUCACCAAUGGCAAUCCGAGAUCCGCAAGCAUGUCCUGAAGGAAAGCCUCCGGAUCCUCGUCGUAGAUUCCACUCCAAAGCGCGGCCCGAAGUUGAAAGCCCCUAAAGUCGAAGAGGAUCAGUUGGAAUUCCGUAGCGACCUACCCGCGCCGACCGAGCUUAUGGAGUAUGACAUAAUACUAUUCACUCGCAACAGGUUCGAGCAGGAGAUCCAGGAUGGAGCUGACGAGUGGGGUCGCAGAGCAGUCGUUGGCGCUCCACUAAGCUGUCAAUGUCCUUAUAUCGGGUCCUCUCGAAUACCCGACUGCUCUUGUAAAGGCAACAUAUAUGAAAGUCCGCUGCAAAAGAUCCAUUGGCUCCGCAUUAUCAUUGAUGAGGGCCAUAGCUUCUCAUCUUCAGUGUCCAAUGCUGUGCUAGUAGCCAAGCAAAUUCAGGCUGAGCGGCGAUGGGUUGUGUCAGGAACCCCAGCGAAGAAUCUGGUGGGAGUCGAGGUUGACGUUUCGACCCUGAAUGAUGAUGCGGCAGCCGACCCAACUUUCCUCCGCGAGCUAGCUAUUGAGCAGAGGAAGACUUUCAGCCUCGACGACGAGAACACGAAAGCUGCGAGAGCUCUUGGGUCCUUGGCCUCCAACUUCUUGAUGGUGCGCCCAUGGUGCGAUCGUUCCACUUCCGAAGGGAGGCUUGACUGGGAUGAGUACAUUUAUCGCCAUGAGCAUCAGUAUCGCAAGACGUACUCCGGAUUUUCAGCUUGUUUCCUUCGUACUUUGGAAGGCUUGGUCGUCAAAACUCGACCUGAGGACGUUGAGAGAGAUAUUGUGCUUCCGCCGCUGAAGCAUCGAGUGGUCUAUCUCAAGCCUUGCUGGUACGAUAAGAUGACUGCAAACCUCUUUAUCCAGGUCCUCCGCGCCAACGCUAUCACUAGCGAGCGAUCAGAUGUCGACUAUCUUUUUCACAAGAAUAGCGUUAAAGCUCGGCACAUUUUGAUUAAGAAUCUGCGACAGUCAACCCUCACAUGGACUGGAUUUAGCCUGGACGAUGUGGCGAUGACGCUGGAGAUAAGUAGCAAAUACAUUGGCAAAGAAGACAAGAAAUGUUCAGUCGAGGAUGCAAACCUGCUGCUUGAGAGUAGUCGCGUCGUUUCGUCUCUCACCACAUCAGAGAGCUGGAUUUCCAUGAGCAAGACACACGAGGUCGGUAUGGCUAUCGAAGAAUGGCCCCAGGAGUCUGAGGAGUCCUUCUCUCUCUCUUUUCCGAAGGGGCCAACAACGGUCGGCGCCACCCAGUUGCUGGAGGCGCAACUCCACGUUGACUCAAACAUCCUUUCCCCAGGCGGUCCGGCUACUGGCCUAGAUAUCGUCGGCCAGACGGCCAAGGCGAAGCUCGCGGCGAUUGAGGAUACUGACAAUGCAACGAAAGAGAGCAUGGAAAAAGCCGCAGGAGACAACCAGCUGAAGAAGGCAGGAGUACCGUCAUCGUGUGUUCAAGGGCAACCACUAACCAGUCGUCGAACGUCAACAAUAACAUCGAACGCGUCGCCUCAGAAGUCUAAGCCAUCGCCCCAGAAGUCCAAGCCUUCGGUGACUGAGAACGAUGGAACAGAUCAGGAGGGGACGAUUGAAGUGAUCACGCCCGGUACCCCUGUCUCGCCUGUGCGACCGAAAAAGAGAAAGCGAAAACUCACGCUCUCCGAUGAAAUGGCAGAACUUCCCAUAGAGUCCCCUUUGCGAGAUACGCGUGUAAUCGGAACCACGUCGGCAAAGCUCUCCUAUCUCAUCGGGAAAGUGAUGAAGCACCAAGCCGACGAGAAGAUAAUCAUCUUCUACGACGGCGAUUCCGCGGCAUUUUACAUCGCCCAAUGUCUCGAAAUGCUCUACGUUAACCACCGUAUUUAUGCAAGGACACUAGAUAACACCAAGCGAUCUGAAUACGUGGCGUUAUUCAACGAGGAUCCCGACAUCCGCGUGCUGCUGAUUGAUGUCGCCUGCGGCGCUUUGGGGCUCAAUCUCAAUGCCGCGAGCGUGGUUCUCAUCGUCAACCCGAUUAAUCGCCCCGGGAUCGAAGCCCAGGCGAUUAAACGAGCGCACCGCAUCGGCCAGACCAAGGAAGUACUCGUGGAGACGCUUGUUCUGGAAGGGACGAUCGAGGAAGCUAUCUUCAAGCGUGCGAAGAAGAUGUCGCGACAGCAACACCUCGAAGCCAAAGAGCUGGAAGACGACGCCGGCAUCACCGACAUUAUCCAGAAUGCUCAGGUUCUUCUCAUCGAUCCUGAGGAGUCCCAAGGGCUCGCUCAGUUCGCGCCUCUGGAAGCACCGCAACAGAUCUUUGGGCGUCCUAAUCGACACAAAUUCCAUCGGUACGGUUUAGCAGUGCCGAAAGAGAAGCCAAGGAAGAAAGCGGAGACGGCAAGAAACGGUACGAAGGAGACGAAGGUCGAAGUGAGUGACAGUCCCAGUAGGACUAGGUUUCCAGCAAAGACACCCUAUUAUGCACAAAAUCUCGGCCAGCCGGUGGCUGCAGACUCCAUGCUUCAAGCACAGGGCUUCAGCGUCUUUGGGGAGGGUAGUGCAACGGGAGAGUCGUUGUUCGGAUGA